AUGUUGGGUGAGAAGAAAAAGCCAAGCCACCGGCUCUCGAGCCUGUUCUCCAUGGGGGGCUCCUCAGAGCCUCAACAGAGCUCCUCUGCGGCCUCGUCCGAGUCCAGCGGCCGUCUGAGCAAAGUGAAGAACCGCGUCUCUUCUGCAGCCUCGACGCCGUCGGCCCCGUCUGCCACGCACCUCACAGCGCCCGAAUACCCUCCGCCGUCGCCUCAGCGCCGCCAGUCGCCGCCCAACCAGCUUACCAUCCAGCCCGUAGGCUCGCCGGCCCUGGAGCCCCUGGAGCCUCCGCCCCAUCUCGAUGUCCCGUCGCGCAGCUCAUCCCCUGGCGGCUUUGGAAGUCGACCCGGCACCCCGAACCUGGAAGUGGGCAAUGAAGGCAAGCUGAGGAAGCUGAGGCGGAAGAGCGGCCUGUUUGGCGGCAACAACAGCAGCUUAACCGAUGUCAGCCGCGCAGGAGCUGGUGGAGGCGGCAACCCGCUUGCGUGGAUCGUGGGCCACAAGGGCAAGGUGCCCUACAAUCUGACGAUGCUGCUGAACGGCGAGAAGGUGCCAGAGCUGUGGGACGACCAAGGCGACACCUUCGUCUACCUCUUCCCCCGAACCUCGGGCAAGGGCCCGUCCUUCCGCAUCGACUCGUCCGUCUACGCAGCCUCACAGCUGCUGACGCGCCUCGUACACGGAUCUCUGUACAGCGAUGACGUAGUCGCACCUCCCCACGAGGUCCCCGUCCGCACCUCGCGCCCCGUCUCGACCGAGGUGGGCCAGGAGCAGUCGCGCACUGCGUCCCCCGACCAGAGCCAGAUCGACAGUUCGGAUGGCUCAAAGGGCUCGCGAGCGCUCAGCGACGCAACUGAGGACGACCACACCGAGAAGCACCUCUACAUACCAUUAGCCUUGAACUCGGACGAUGCCGUCGUCCCAACCGAGCCACGGCUGACCCAGCAGGACACGGACACGUUGGUCACGUACCGCAACUUCUUCGCCUUCCUGAUCGGGCAGUCCCUCGUUGCGACCACCCGGCAUUCGGACAUGUUCGACAUCUUCCUGCGCAUCGCUGACAUCCUGUCGCACUACGCCUUCUCCAACGUCGACGGCUCCACUUUUGGUGAGGUCGCUGCUUCGAGCUUCGACAGCUACGUGGACGAGCUGAACAUGGCAGACGUCAGGCAGAGCCGCGAGAAAACAAUCGAGGCCAUCGUCCUCGGCGAAAAGAUGCGCUCCAUGGCGCUCUACACCGAGGGCUUUGUACACGCCAUCGGCAAGUACGAAGACGUCAAGGGCCUGCACUCGCCCAAGUGGGCCCUGAUCAGCCAGAAGACCGCAAUCCGUAUGGCUCGAGCCGCUUUGGAUCUGGACAACCGAGAGGCCAGCAUCAACCACAAGCUCAAAGAUUUCGAGUUUGCUGCCAUCUUCUCGGGCAUCAUGAAUAGCGCCAUGGCUAGCGAGGGAAAGAUGAUCAACUUCAAGAGGUGGAGGGCUGCCUUCAUGAGCACACGAAGCUUCAUGAUCGAUUACUACAAGCACAAGUACGGCUCCUGGCUUCCGAAGGCGCGAUCGAAGAAGAACAACCUGACGACAAACGGUCUCAAUCGGCUUGUCUUGCGAGACAUCUAUCGCGACCUUUCCGCCCUCUACGAUCUGCUUGUCAACCGGACCGACUUGACAAACAGAACUGCUGACGGCUUUCUGGUGGAAGACGAGGGAAUGGGAUUUGUGGCCGUAAACGCCCGUGCUUUGCGCAAAACACUCAGCGAGUAUGAUCGUAGCACACCGCCUGUGCAACCGCCGAUUCCGUUUGAUCUGCCACUAUACCCUACUCUCAAAGGGCUGAGACCUGACUACCCCACCGGGGACGAGAAAAAGGAUGCCAAAACACGAGGCAGGAAGCUGAAAAGCGACGAAAUCACCAAGAUGCUUCAUAAUGCCACCAACGCGGAUGCGCGAAGCAAAACACCCUUCUUGGAGGCCUUCCUCACCUUUGAGAAGAAGCAAGCUUCAGGUUCGACCAUGGAUGAGCUUUGGGAGCAUCGAAGCGGACAGUGGCUUUUCAUCUACGCCGUCCUCCAGUCACUGCCCAUGCUGGUAGUAGAUGCGCCUGGCGCACGUUUCACCGAAGGCGUUGAGUACUUUUUGUGUGAAGUUCCUCGCAGUGGCGUGCCGUGGGCCAACGAAGACACAACGAGAACGCGAACAUGGUUCGGGGUUCAGGGCGGUGCCCAGGUUGUGAGUUUGCCCACGGAUAUUGUUGAGAACGGUGUCGAGGGCGUGUUCAGAAGAUCACAUUGCUGGAAGAGGGCGCAAGAGUGGGCUGCGAACGACACCCUUCUCAACGCGGCUAUGCAGGAGCUCAACGGUACCGCUGAACCCUUGCCUCCACCGCCCGGCAUGCUCGAUCCUUCGUCAGCCCACGCGCGGCCUCGAUCAAACAGUCCGCACGACCAGAAUAAGCGUAACAGCGUCAUGAGCCUCGGACUUGAAGCUUUACCUCUGCCCCCAGGCAUCGCGCCACCCACUCAUUCUCCCAUGAACCGGCCCCAGUCGAGCAGCGACCCGAGCAGAACGUUCGAUGACAUUCUGGGCGUGCCAGCAGCCAACCCCAAGGACAAGAAGAAGAAGCGCUGA